AUGGCAAAGUUUUUAUCUGGCCUAUCUUCAGAAUACUCUGUGGCAAAGUCUCAAAUUCCAACAGGCAGAGGACAGGGACCUAGUUCUUUUGGAGGCACUAGGGGGCGUGGUACAGGCCGUGGUGCUGGACGUGGCAGAUUUCAGUGCUCUUAUUGUGGCAAAAUUGGUCAUCUAGAGGACCGUUGUUGGGACAAACAUCCUCACCUCAGGUCUAAUGUUUCCUCUGGACGUGGUGGAGGUAGAAUCACCACAAGCAGAGGUCCUUCUUCAUCCCAGGCAACUCAUUCAAAGGCAACAAUAUCUAUGGUUGAGUCUUCUACUGAUCCUUCUAUAUCUAUGUCAUAUUCUCUUAACCUAAGUAAGGAUGAAUAUGAUCGUGUUCUUGCUCAGAGGUCUGGCUCUACAUCUGCCUCUACAUCUACCAAUGCUGCUGUUGUAGAUUCAGCAUUCUCUGUUGGUGCUCCUACUGCUGAUCCAGGACUUACCAACUGGGAAGAUGAUUGGUGGCGGCCAUGAGCGUGAGGGCCUUUAUUUUUUGUCAAUCCCAGUUGAUGUUGCUGCAUCUUCAGUCCCUUCCAAGCCUUCUCCCUUCCAAUGGCAUCUCAGAUUGGGUCAUCCUUCCGUACCAAAACUUCGUCGCAUGUUUCCAGACAUUCCUGCA